UGGUGCACUAUCAUUGCCUUGCCUGGUAAAAUCAGGAUUGAGCAGCCGGGGUACAGUAGGUACAGGGGGAUCCAAUUAAUCUGCUAAUUAAAGCGGAUUGCGGAGUAUAUUACUAUGGUCACAUAAUAUCUCUAGACUCAGGGCAACAUUACGUGACUGUGUUACCAUCACAACAUUAAAAUGGAUUACCGCAGACGUCUGCUUGUUUUGGUUUUUGUUCUUUUCAAAGAUGUUUAUCCAGAAGGAAGUAAAGUCAAGACCAAGCUCUAUCAUGAGCAGUGGCGUCCUCAGUACCACUUUACAGCCGAAGUGAAUAUGAUGAACGAUCCGUGUGGCCUGGUAGCGUAUGGCGGGAAAUGGCAUUUGUUUUAUCAAUAUGAUCCGGUUGGGGUAAAACCCAACAGGUACACCAGCUGGGGUCAUGCGGUCAGCGAUGAUUUAAUUCACUGGGAUCACUGGCCGCUGGCCAUUCCCGAGACCGUAGGCGUGGUUGCAUACAGCGGAAGUACGGUGGUGGAUGUGCACAAUACCACUGGCUUUUCUUGCAAUGGUGCUGUCCCCCUGGUGGCUGUUUUCGCUGGAGACAAUUGGUACACACAUGCGGCGGACGAACGAUUAUCCUAUAGUUUAGAUGGAGGCAUGACAUGGACCAAGUAUGUCAAUAACCCGGUGCUUAGCAACGGCCACACCCAUUUCCGAGAUCCGAAAGUAUUUUGGUACGAACCGACAAAACGGUGGAUCAUGGCCGUAGCCCAAGCGCAAGGAAGAAUUCGCUUUCAUUUCUACUCAUCGCCAAAUCUAAAAAACUGGACGCACUUGAGUGAGAUGGGACCAGAUGGGACAAUUCCAAAUAAGGAGUGGGAGUGUCCUGACUUGUUUCAGAUACCAAUCGAAGGAGAAAAUACUAAAAAGUGGGUGGUGCCAGUGGUGACAGGGAUUGGAUCCGUGCCAAGAAGAUCUGUGCUGUAUUUUGUAGGUGAAUUUGAUGGAACUAGCUACAAGUCCGACAAGCCUAAAGCAAAGUUGAUGGACUACGGUCAAGACUUUACAGCCGGCAAUACCUGGAACAAUCACAUAGACAAUAGGCGGCUAUACAUUGCCUGGAUGUGUGUCUGGGAGACCUGUUCGUCCAUACCCACCACACCCUUCAUUGGAGCUCAGAGCAUGAUCAGGGAGCUGUUCCUCGAGAGAGAAAACAACGAGGUGUUGCUGGUCCAGAGGCCCAUUAAAGAGAUGGAGAUGCUGCGCGUGAAGAAAACGUUGGAAGUCGCCAACACGGAUAUUGCCAGUGUUCAAAAGAAGCUCAGCGAGCAGCCGUUACGGGGGCGGCUGCUGGAAAUCAAGGCGGAAAUAAGACCCAAAGCUGGAACAAAAGACGUCGGCAUAAUUGUCAUGAAAGGCGCCAAAGAAGAAACAAGAAUCGGAUACAGGCACACGAAGAGCUCUAGAUCUGUUUACAUCGACCGCACGUCGUCUGGCUUCAUGCACCCGAAAAUGAGUCGUGUUGAUCUCGCGCCAGUUGUUUUACAGAAUGGCGUCGUAAAACUUUGGAUCUUCGUGGACUGGUCCUCCGUGGAACUCUUUGCCAACAACGGGCGCCAAGUUAUAACAAGUAGGAUUUUUCCAAACGAGACGAGCGAUGGUGUUGAUGUCUACGUCUCUGGGUCUGACGUGGAUAUUGUAACCAUGGAGAUAUACGAGUUGAAAACCACGUGGGAUCGCUACUGGCCGGAUAUGAAACCACGUGACUCCAAACCAGUAAAACUAGGUACAGUUGUUAAACUUGCGAGCCAAAGUGACCGUGACUUACAAGCACGUGGCUCGCAAAAUUCAGAGACUUGUUUUAAGCAACUUAUGUAUAACGUUAUGUAUUUGGAUGCCAUAGUUAUUUUUGCUGUCUUUAUUUUCAUGACCCGUAGGGGGCGUUUAAGAUGGUUUCCCUCAAGAUAGGGACGUUUAUGACUUAAGCAGCCAAACAUUAUUUCAUGGUUAUCAUCGUUCAUACCGUACAUGCAGUUUAUUUCUUCUUAUCUGUCAUCAGUUGUAUAAAAGCAUAUGUAGCUUAUCUAAAUGUGGUAAUUUUGCCACUGGUAAGGAUUAUUUAAGCAUUAAGCAAGAAAAACGUCAUUCUAAUUGCAUACACCUUAACACACACUGCUAAUGGAGAGCGUUUAGUUCGAUA